AUGGGGGGAAGGGUCGGGGGAUCCCUCCGCCGCCAGCGCGUGGUCCCGGCCCCCUCCACCCGCCGUCUCGGCCGCGGCCAGCAGCCCCUGCACCCCGGAGGACGCUGACGGCCGCCGGGCGCGCCGCCCUAGCAUACGGACAGGGGGCGCUCCGAGCGGCCUGGGGCAACCCGGGCCACAGGGGCAGGAAAGUGAGGGCCCAGGUCGGCCCGGGCGUGCAGGGGCCCCGGGUUCGCGGCGGCAGCGGCAGCGAUAGAGGCUCUAGCAGCAGCGGGAGUGCCGGGUUGAGCCGGGAAGCCGAUGGCGGCGGCGGCGGCGGCUCCGAUUCCUCGCUGACUGACCGUCCGCCCUCCUGCAUUGAGCGCCAUGUUACCGAGCCAAGCUGGGGCCGCGGCGGCGCUGGGCCGGGGCUCGGCCCUGGGGGGCAGCCUGAACCGGACCCCGACGGGGCGGCCGGGAGGUGGCGGCGGCGGCGGCGGCGGCGGCGGCGGGACUCGCGGGGCUAACGGGGGCCGGGUUCCCGGGAACGGCGCGGGGCUCGGGCCGGGCCGCCUCGAGAGGGAGGCUGCAGCAGCAGCGACAACCACUCCGGCGCCCACCGCGGGGGCCCUCUACAGCGGCAGCGAGGGCGACUCGGAGUCGGGUGAGGAGGAGGAGCUGGGCGCGGAGCGGCGCGGCCUGAAGCGGAGCCUGAGCGAGAUGGAGCUCGGCGUGGUGGUCGGUGGGCCCGAGGCGGCGGCGGCGGCCACCGGGGGCUAUGGGCCGGUGAGCGGCGCGGUGAGCGGGGCCAAGCCGGGUAAGAAGACUCGGGGCCGCGUGAAGAUCAAGAUGGAGUUCAUCGACAACAAACUGCGGCGCUACACGACCUUCAGCAAGAGGAAGACGGGCAUCAUGAAGAAGGCCUAUGAGCUGUCCACGCUGACAGGGACACAGGUGCUGUUGCUGGUGGCCAGUGAAACAGGCCAUGUGUAUACCUUUGCCACCCGCAAACUGCAGCCAAUGAUCACCAGUGAGACUGGCAAGGCACUGAUUCAGACCUGCCUCAACUCGCCAGACUCUCCACCCCGUUCAGACCCCACCACAGACCAGAGAAUGAGUGCCACGGGCUUUGAAGAGACAGACCUCACCUACCAGGUGUCGGAGUCCGACAGCAGUGGGGAGACCAAGGACACACCGAAACCCGCGUUCACAGUCACCAACCUGCCGGGUACCACCUCCACCAUCCAAACAGCACCCAGCACCUCUACCACCAUGCAAGUCAGCAGCGGCCCCUCCUUCCCCAUCACGAACUAUCUGGCACCGGUGUCUGCUAGCGUCAGCCCCAGCGCUGUCAGCAGUGCCAACGGGACUGUGCUGAAGAGUACAGGCAGUGGCCCCGUCUCCUCCGGGGGCCUCAUGCAGCUGCCUACCAGCUUCACCCUCAUGCCCGGUGGGGCAGUGGCCCAGCAGGUCCCAGUGCAGGCCAUUCAGGUGCACCAGGCCCCACAGCAAGCGUCUCCCUCUCGCGACAGCAGCACAGACCUCACGCAGACCUCCUCCAGCGGGACAGUGACAUUGCCCGCCACCAUCAUGACGUCAUCUGUGCCCACAACUGUGGGCGGCCACAUGAUGUACCCUAGUCCCCACGCGGUGAUGUAUGCACCCACCUCGGGCUUGGCUGAUGGCAGCCUCACCGUGCUCAAUGCCUUCUCCCAGGCGCCAUCUACCAUGCAGGUGUCCCACAGCCAGGUCCAGGAGCAAGGCGGUGUCCCCCAGGUGUUCCUGACAGCGCCGUCUGGGACAGUGCAGAUCCCCGUUUCUGCAGUUCAGCUUCACCAGAUGGCUGUCAUAGGGCAGCAGGCUGGGAGCAGCAGCAACCUCACCGAGUUACAGGUGGUGAACCUGGACGCCGCCCACAACACCAAGAGUGACUGAUCCGCCCUGCCACCCUGGACAGAUGGCCCAAGGGAUGGCACCACUUAUUUAUUGUUGCCUUUUCACGUUUUCUUUACACACACGUUGACGGGCCGCAGAGGGGAGGCAGGGAGGAGGAGUGGGCAGCCGCGGGACUGAGCCCUCUCACUCCAGCCAAAGAAAUGGGCCAGCCUGCCCUCCACCCCGUCCUCCCUCACCCUCCCCUCCUAGCUCCACCUCCCGUUUUCUGUUGAUGGUGGGGCUGUCCUCCCUCCUCAGACUCCCCUUGCCAGCUUGGCUCCAUGUUUGCCAUGAGUAUUAGCUUAUCCAAUGGGACCGUGCCCCACCUUCCCACACACAGGCCUCUGUGGGACUAGGCACCGAGUUCCCCCUGAGGAAGCGGUUGGGGUCCUCUCCCGGCCUUGCUGACCCCAUGUCAGCCCUGUGUCUGUCACAGGCUGGGCAAAAAGAGCCCUACCCCUGCCCCUCAGGGAGCCACCUGGGGAGAUGGGGGCUUCCUCCCUCACGCCGCCGCCCCGUUGUCUCUGCAGCUCCCGAGAACUGGGCCUGUGCACAGAGCAGGUUCCUGGGGCCACCUGCCCUGCCCUGCCUUGCCAAUCCCCUUGGGACUCCAGGGACUCCUGGGUUGGAGGGAACCACCAGUGUUCCCUCUCACCCUGUCUUCCCCCCUCCCCCCCCCCCAGCUGCUUUACUUAAAGUUGAUUUUGAACUUUUUAUUUGAGGAGACGAAGU